CUCCGUUUCUCCUCCAUGAAAGCUCACAAACGGUUUUAUCAGUUAACGCUUUUUUGAACAAUGCACUUCUUCUUCGUCCCGACUUCUUCGUCUUCAUCUCCUUCUCCGGCCAAUACUUCUUCAUUCUCUUUAUUGUUUCUCGCUCCUUCUCAAAUUCCUGAGAAUCUCUGUAAAUUGCCGGCGAAGGUCCAUAUCGGAACUCAUGGAAUCUCCGGCCAAUCGUUUCUCACACAUCCUACGUUCUCAUCUAAGAACACGACUCUGUAUGCAGUCGUCGACAGGUCUUCUUCAGGUGUAUUUUCGUCGCAAAAUGAAUCUGCCAAUGGCGAAGGAGGGGAAUCUAACACGGAGGGAGUAUUAGUAGUUCGACGGCCGUCGUUGGAGAAUUCCGAUAAGGAAUCUAGUGAGGAAGAGGGAAAAAAGUAUCCAGCGAGGAUUGAUGCUGGUCUCAGUAAUAUAGCUAAGAAGAUGCCGAUAUUUGAGCCGGAGAGAUCGGAGUCGUCGUCGUCGACUUCCGCCGCGGCUGCUGCAAGGGCUCAAGAGAGGCCGCUUGCGGUGAAUUUGGACUUAUCUCUGUACAAAGCAAAGGUUUUGGCGAGGAAUUUCAGAUACAAAGACGCAGAGAAGAUUCUAGAGAAGUGCAUAGCUUACUGGCCGGAGGAUGGGAGACCGUACGUGGCAUUGGGGAAGAUACUAAGCAAACAAUCCAAGUUAGCUGAAGCUCGAAUCGUGUAUGAGAAAGGGUGUCAAUCUACACAAGGAGAGAAUGCAUACAUUUGGCAGUGUUGGGCUGUCCUGGAAAACAGAUUGGGAAAUGUAAGAAGAGCCAGAGAAUUGUUUGAUGCAGCUACGGUGGCUGACAAGAAGCAUGUAGCAGCCUGGCAUGGAUGGGCAAACUUGGAGAUAAAACAAGGAAAUAUAAGUAAAGCGAGGAAUCUGCUAGCCAAAGGCCUCAAGUUUUGUGGCCGUAACGAGUAUAUCUACCAAACACUUGCCUUGUUGGAGGCCAAAGCUGCUCGGUAUGAACAGGCAAGGUACCUGUUCAAGCAGGCCACCAUAUGCAAUUCGAAGAGCUGCGCCAGUUGGUUGGCAUGGGCACAGUUGGAGAUACAGCAGGAAAGAUACCCAGCUGCUAGAAAACUUUUUGAGAAAGCUGUCCAGGCAAGCCCCAAGAAUAGGUUUGCGUGGCACGUAUGGGGGGUGUUUGAAGCUGGAGUAGGUAAUGUUGAGCGUGGAAGAAAGCUCCUGAAGAUAGGUCAUGCGCUAAAUCCUAGAGACCCUGUUCUCCUUCAGUCCCUUGGCUUACUGGAAUACAAACAUUCAUCUGCUAAUCUUGCCCGGGCUUUACUAAGGAGAGCAUCAGAGGUUGAUCCUAGACAUCAACCUGUUUGGAUUGCUUGGGGUUGGAUGGAAUGGAAAGAAGGAAACACAACAACAGCUAGAGAACUUUACCAAACAGCUCUCUCCAUUGAUGCAAAUACCGAAAGUGCUGCUCGUUGUCUACAGGCGUGGGGAGUUCUCGAGCAGAGAGCAGGAAACUUAUCAGCAGCUAGAAGAUUAUUUCGAUCUUCACUGAACAUUAACUCACAAAGCUACGUUACGUGGAUGACAUGGGCACAACUUGAGGAAGAUCAAGGAGACUCCGAACGUGCUGAAGAAAUCCGUAACCUCUAUUUCCAACAACGCACAGAGGUCGUUGAUGAUGCGUCAUGGGUCACAGGAUUCUUGGAUAUCAUUGACCCGGCUUUAGACACCGUUAAAAGGCUCUUGAACUUUGGUCAGAACAAUGACAACAACAGGUUAACUACUACUCUUAGAAACAUGAAUGGAACCAAAGAUAGCCAAUCCAAUCAGCAACCCGAGAGCUCAGUGGGACGCGAGGACAUUGAAACUGGGAGCGGAUUUAACCUCGAUGCAUUUUUACGCGAGAAGCUCUCGUUGGAUCCUACGAAGCUGGACGUUAACCUUGAUUCUAAGAAGUUAGAUAGAUUCACUAGAGGGAGAAUAAAUGCUCCGAUGGGGGAUUCAAACGGAGCAUCGCUCAUUGAAAUCGAUGACCAGGAAGAAGUAGAAGAUCCAUUUCUGGCUUUCAUCGACUACGCCAGAACUAUAAUUUCACCGGAAGAAGACGAAGAUGAGAAGGACGAGAGCAAGAGGGAUCCCAGCGAAGCCAUGACUGAGGCUAGUGGUCCGGGUUGGGGCUGGGUCGCCUCGCGUAUUCUGAAAACCUGUACCGCUUAUUCGAGCGGUGUCACUGCCGCGAUUCUGUUGUCCGAUCUCUCUCAGGCUUGGCAUGAGCAAAACAAACCAGGAAUGUCAAAGAAGAAGCCGGAACUUAUAGAUCAGUUGAAGAAGGGUCACAGAAGAAGAAGACUCGCUAAUACUGUCACAAUUGACUCGAUUUAUGAGAAGAAUUUUUUGUCCAUGAACAGCGUUUUGGAAGCUGUUAUUAUCAAUGCCGAUGUUCUUCCUGGUACAAACAUAUUCAUGCUUACACUAGGGGAUUUUUGGAGCUCCAACACCAUUGAUCUCUAUCUACAUCGCAGAUAUUAUGAGUUGGUGGAAACACCAAAUGGGAUUCUUCGGAAAGGCAGAGAGGUUUUGAUCACUGGAUGCUACCUUCGUACCGCGAGAGAAGGAUUUGGCACUCCACGGUUACUUCCAACAGAGUAUCUUGUCGUAUUACUAGAUGAGGACCAAGAUGAUGAUGCAAUCCUCAUAGCAGCUCAAUUUUGUUCCGAUACUUUCUCAUCUGUUUCUCUUGAUGCUUUCAACGAUGGAACUUCAUACUCUCUGUAUGCUAGGAUUGAAUCUAUAGGUCCUCUGGAAUCUGAACUCACGUUUAGUACUGCACAUAGAAGGCAAAUUUCACUUGUAGAUGGUGAUGGCGAUAGGUUGAAAUUUAUCUUAUGGGGAGAGCAAGUCAUUGUGGCAAACCUUUUAAGUGUGGGAAGUGUGCUUGGGCUUGAGAGGCCUUAUAUUUCUAGUCUCGAAGAGAGUGCAAUGGAAGGAAAGGAUGAGUUCUGCCUUGAAUAUGGUAGCGCAACACAUCUCUAUCUAGUGCCAUCAACCUUACAAGAGGAACGGGUUUGUGUAGCAUUGUCACAACAUCAGUGUCAAGGAUCUAAACUGCUUGGUUCAGUCGGAGUUUCGCAGGUGACAUUGCCUCGUGACGCCGAUGGGUCUAUAGACUUCAGUAAUUAUCCUUUUCGGACGAUAAUAACGGACAUUCGUGACAAAACCACUGGCAUCAGUCUUUAUGGGGUUGUAACAGACAUUUCAUGUGAUCCAAAUGCAACAGGAGUGGUCUUUUCUUUGAAGAUUGAGGACACAACUGGAGCAAUAUGGGCUAAGCUCCAUUUUACCAAUUACUGGUCGGUGGGAAGGUUAGGGCUUGGUCAUGUCGUGUACGUGUCUGGGUUAUCCUGCAAAAUCACAAAGGAGAAUUAUCUUGAGGUGUUAUGGCAUGAAAAGGACGAGAAAGCUACAUUCGUCAACCUUAGCUGCUUGCCUGCAUUUCUGACCUCUUCUUGUAUUCACAAAAUCUCUACUCUCUCCCAAAUUUCAAAACAGAGAAAACCUGCAAUAAACAUUUGUCGGAUUAAGCUGGAUGAGAUCGACCAAUGCCGUAACAUUAACACUAGAUUAGCUCAUAGCCUUUGCGGCCAUUUCAUAGACGAAGAAUCAUCAUCAUCAUCAUCAUCAUCAUCAUCAUCACUGUAUUGCAGUUUCUGCCGAGUAAGCUGCAAUAAUAACACAGGAUCAGAAGUAGUGAGAACAUUCCACAUAACGAUAACACUUGCAGACGAGGAAACCAGACUAUACGCGUGGUGUACUGGUCAGUCCGCAGCAGCUAUACUUCAGAUAUCUCCUGAUGAAUUCUGUGACCUCCCUGAGGAUGAUCGGCUAAUGUAUCCGUCUUCACUAGAGAACGAGUGGUUUCUAGUGACCUUAGCAAACAGCGGUAGCCGGAAUUCGGGUUCCGGUCAUGAGACGGAGGCCACUUGCUGGGAAAUCACACGCGCUCUCAAGAUUUAAAAGCUACCUAUUUUUAAUUUUCUUUUUUCUUAAAAUGAUUAGAUGAAAAAAACAGAAUCUGACCGU